UUCCAUCGCCGGCGACCAACGGAGGCGAAUGUUUUGCGUAGUAAAUUAAAGAAAACUUUGUUUAUUGCCAAAACAGUCUUUCGCACUCUCUAUUGAGCCCGUUGCAUCAGUUCCCUGUCCACCCGAGCAGGCAAUAACAAAAACACGUGCGGCCCACCCAGAACGAAAUCAAAACAAAUAUCUAUUUUGCUAUUUUGCCUGCAAAAAGUAAAUAAAACAGCCUCAACAUGGGAAUGGUAACAAAGCGUAAGAAGAUGCACUAUGGAGAUACGCACUUGCAGCGUCGCUGGCGCGUCCGCAACCGCCGCCGCGAUCUGGACCAAAUCGAUGACGAUCUGCGCACCCGGAGUGGCGAGCUAAUCAAUCAAAACGUGGACCUGGAGAAGCCCGGCUUUGCCCAGUUCUACUGUGUGCACUGCGCCAAGUACUUCAUCGACGACACAGCCAUGCAGGCGCACUUUCGCACCAAAGUGCACAAGCGCCGCCUCAAGGCACUCGAAAUAGAGCCGUACAGCAUCGAGGAGUCCGAGCGUGCCGCCGGACGUGGCAGCUUUCAGCAGGCCAAGAAGCGCGGCAUGGAAACACAGCCCACAAAGGAGGAGGUCAUUGCCGGCAAACGCAUCAAAGUCGAGGAGAAAGUGGAGACCACAGCAGCCGUAUCGACACCUGUUGCCAGCACAAGUUCAACCAGGGCGACGCGCAACAGACCCCAAAAGAUGGAAACUUAGCAAGGCCAAACCCAUAGGAAGCUGUUGAUUGACUAGAUGAUCCUUCCCCCUGAAGUGUAUUUACAUUUUGAACAUUACAAUCGCAUCGUAUAAAUAUAUUUUUCUCUUUCUGUAUAUACUCUA